AUGCAAAACAAGCCUACAUAUCCACUGGGGUUUUCUCAACAACCACCAAGAGCUCAACCACCUCCUCCUCAAGUGUCUCAAUCAAGCUCGUCGAAGAGUUUAAUGAACAAAUUUAUGGCCAAGAAUGAUGCUUUGAUUCAGAGCCAAGCGACAUCCUUGAGGAUCCUAGAGAUUCAAGUGGGGCAGCUAGCUAAUGAACUAAGGACUAGACCUCAAGGCACCUUGCCUAGUGAUACCGAGAAUCCAAGGAGAGAUGGCAAGGAGCAUUGCAAGGCGAUUACCUUGAGGAGUGGUAAAAAUAUGGGGUUGACUGAGGAUAAUACUAAGAGCAACAAUGAGCUCACUUCAAUCCAAAGUAAUGUGGAAAAGGAGGACAGAGUUGUGAGUUCGAAAAUGUCAAAUGCUGAUCCUGAAGCAAUUGCUGCAGCAAUUCCUCAGCAAAAUGCAACAAAGAUUCCUAUGAGCAAGCCACCUCCACCAUUUCCUCAACGAUUUCAAAAGCAACAACAAGAUGGUAAAUUCCAAAGAUUUUUCGAUGUUUUGAAACAACUUCACAUCAAUAUACUGUUGGUGGAAGCUUUAGAACAAAUACCUAACUAUGUGAAGUUUUUGAAGGAUAUUUUAACCAAGAAGAGGAGAAUUGGAGAAUUUGAAACGGUGGCUUUGACUGAAGGUUGUAGUGUUAUAUUGAAGAAUAAAAUUCCUCCUAAAUUGAAAGACCUAGACAACUUUACAAUUCCUUGUUCUAUUGGUGUUAGAGAUGUUGGUAGAGCACUUUGUGACUUUGCGGCUAGUAUCAAUUUGAUGCCUAUGUCGAUUUUCAAGAAGUUGGAAACUGGAGAAGCAAGGCCAACCAUAGUUACUUUGCAAUUAAUGGAUCAAUAUAUGGCACAUUCGGAAGGCAAGAUUGAAGAUGUACUUGUGCAAGUUGAUAAAUUCAUUUUUCUAGCGGACUCCAUUAUUCUUGAUUAUGAAGCGGAUAUAGAUGUUCCUAUAGUUUUGGGAAGACCAUAUCUUGCCACCGGAAGGACUUUGAUUGACGUUCAAAAAGGAAAGCUUACUAUGAGGGUGAAUGACCAACAAGUGACCUUUAAUGUGUUCAACUCUAUGAAGUUUUCGGAUGAGCUUGAGGAAUGCUCUUCUUUGAGUGUGAUUGAUACUAUAGUGGCUAAAAAGUUGCUAAAAGAAACUUGUUAA